AUGGCCUCCAUGAAUGUUGAACUCUGGCACAUCAUACUGAUUGAAGUGACUGCCUUCCUCCUCCAGGCUGCCCUCCUCUUAGUCCUAUACAUUUUACUCCGAAGGCAAAUAGCCAACCACUGUGGUCAAAUGGUGAAAGCUAUAAGUGCCCAGGUACAGGCGCCAAAGAAGCCAGAAGGCAAUAAUGAUACACCUGCUUUGGAAAAGACAGGGUCUAAGAGGAAUGUUCCAGGUCCUGCCCUGUCUUAUAGGGAUGCUAAUGGCAGUGACAGUGAUUCAUCCUCAGACAGCUCUGACAGUUCAGAAAGCUAUCCUCCAGCUUCCACCAGCAAGGCACUCAAGGAAAUUAAUUACAGCACCCUGGUCUUCCCAGCCACUGGUUGUCGAAAGACUCUGUCUCCUGAGGACUAUGAGAACAUCAAGGCAGCUGGUGAUUAUGUCAACGUGGACCCCAAGAAAUGUAAAAUUAAUGCCUGGAAUUUCAAUUGCUCCUUCUCUGAGCCAGUGGAGUACACAGAAGUGGCGAUGUGA